CCGUCUAACUCUCACAGACUACAGUCUAACUAGACCCGUCCUGCACACAACUUCUCUUCACUCCACACACUUUCCCCCAGCUCUCUCACACUCAUAGUGUGUAGUGGGGAGUGAUUGAGUGAAAACACCCCAAUACUAAUGUGUGUUGUGUGAUAAAAAGGGUGGAUUUUGCUUAAAUCUCUAGAUUAAUAUAUCAUCAUUGUGGAACAUUGAUAGUGAACAUGCUUAGCAGAGUCGACAAAGACCGCGAAAUGUCGGCAAGUGUGUCGACAAGUAAAUUGCGAAAGAGUGCGAGUGGUUCGAUGGUUAGAGAGUCGAGUUCUGAGAUUUUAAACUCGGUGAAAACCUUUCAACUUGAAGAUUUUGACGUUAUUAAAACUAUUGGAACAGGAACGUUUGCUAGAGUUUGUUUAUGUCGAGAGCGCAGUAACAGAGAAUACUUUGCUCUAAAGAUCCUUGCUAUUCAUGAUGUUAUCAGGUUGAAGCAGGUUGAGCAUGUAAAGAAUGAGAAGAAUAUUCUCAAGGGACACUCUGACUACUUUCAGGACCGAAGUUUCCUGUACAUGCUGUUUCCGUACGUGUGCGGAGGAGAGCUUUUCUCGUAUCUCAGAAGUGCAGGGAGGUUUAAUUCUAGCACCACCUUCUUCUAUUCUGCAGAGAUAGUCAGUGCACUAGACUAUCUGCAUUCACUCUCCAUAGUUUACAGGGAUUUGAAACCGGAGAAUCUGCUGCUUGAUAAAGAAGGACAUCUCAAGAUUACAGAUUUUGGAUUCGCUAAACGAAUUUCAGACCGAACCUGGACACUGUGUGGUACUCCAGAAUAUUUAGCUCCAGAGAUUAUUCAAUCCAAGGGUCACAACAAGGCAGUUGACUGGUGGGCCCUGGGUAUACUUAUCUAUGAAAUGUUGGCCGGUUACCCACCAUUCUUUGACGAUAAUCCUUUUGGAAUAUACGAAAAAAUUCUCAGUGGAAAGAUUGACUGGCCCCGGCAUAUUGAUCCAGUAGCUAAAGAUCUCAUAAAAAAGCUUCUUGUUCAGGAUAGAACUAAAAGACUGGGAAACAUGAAGAACAGUACUGACGAGGUGAAAAGACACAGAUGGUUCAAGGGAGUUGACUGGGAGGAGGUGUAUUACAGGAACCUCAAGCCUCCGAUCGUCCCCAAAGUGGCAUUCGAGGGGGACACAAGAAACUUCGACGACUACCCAGAGACGGACUGGCGCAAGGUGCCGCCCGUGUCGGAGCGGGAAUUACGAAUGUUCGUGGAUUUUUAAAUCCGUUCAAAUAUAGUUCGCGCCAAAAACAUGAAUUUUCAGUUGCUUUUGUCGUGGAAAAAAAAGUUUGUUUCCACAGUUACAAACAUAACCGAGCUGAGUCAGUUUUAAACGGUUGAACUAGUUUGUAUUUAACCAACCAAAUCCAACAUUUUCGUAAAACUGAGAGCGGUAAAAAAAGUCAGAUCUGUAAAAUAAUCAAAUAGUGUAGAUAAAUAUGAUUUUUAAAACGUGAAUUCAAUUAGCUUUAGCUGUUCUAUUGAAUUAUACUUAGUAUUAAAGCUGUAAAGUAGAUACGCAGGCCAGGGUGUCCCCAAAAAACAUAAAAAUAAAUUGAAUGCUUGUAUAUCAAGUUAUUCUUUAAAGAAACCGUCUCCUUAUUUUCAUAUUUACUUU